AUGAACCGCCUGUCGAGGCAGCUUGCCGCGUCUUCACGGCUGUUCCGCUCCACAAAUGUCCUCGUAGCCAGAACUCCUGCGACUGUAUCGUCUCGCACCUAUGCCAAAAAACGCUCAGGGCCUCGUCGGGACAGCGCGAAGCAACCACAUCCUGCAAAUUCUUCCGAAAUAAGGACUGCUCAAGUCGCACCUAAUACUCGCUCUGAGGCUGCUGCAUUAGCAAACAAGCCAGCAGUGGAUUCCGACCGUGUAAUUCAAGUCAGCAAUCUGGAUGAAUUGCUUGAAGCACUAGAGUCUCAGGCUGGUCAAGAAGCGCUGCUUAUGUUACCUGAACGGGCAUCGCAAGAACUCAAUCAGCUUCUGUCAGAAGUCGUGCAAAGCGACGGUGAAGGAGACGCUCAUACCAUGCACGCCGUGGCGCAACUGCUUUCGAUGUACAAUCUCAAGAUUGAAGUAAAUGUUCCGUUACCUGGAGUACAUGAGGAAGUUGUAUCUAAAGAGCAGGAACUUCAACGAACAGCGGGCGGAGAGGACAAAGCUGAGGCUGACGAGACCGCUGAAACGGAGCAGAUCAUCAAACGUCCCUUCCCCAAUCUCAUGUCUCCUGACCCUCUCAUGGAUUCCCGUGAAGUCCUUGAUUUAAAUCCCACCGCUACAAAUCCGUUCCAUAACCGCGUCAUUGUGCGUAACCACCGCUCGAUUUUCCACGAAGCCAUGGCUCUCGAUGGGUUCAAUUUCGACGACCCUAACUGGACACCAGCGAAAUCAGACCUGGCUGACGAAGAAUUGCAAGUCAACGAGUCCGCUGGUCUCGAGGGAUACCCUGUCGAGCAACUCAUGAAAUUUGUUCUUGUGCGACGAUUUGUCGUUCAACAAACUGGAAAGGGGAAAAUAGAUCAUCACCAGUGCUUUACCGUUGUGGGUGACGGUAACGGUAUGGUAGGACUUGGUAUGGGUACUGAUACAGAGCCUACACACGCUUCGAACAAGUCACACAUCGCUGCGAUCAAGAACAUGGACUACGUCGACCGCUUCGAAAACCGUACUAUAUGGACAGAGAUGUCGGGUAAAUUCCGUUCCACCCAAAUUAAAAUGCGACCACGGCCUAUGGGCUUCGGCCUACGGUGUCAGCCAAUCCUACAUCAAGUGCUGAAAGCCGCUGGAAUCAAAGAUAUUAGUGCGAAGAUUUGGGGUAGUCGGAAUCCCAUCAUGAUUCUGCAGGGUGCUUUGCAAAUGUUACAGGGUGGGCACAAUCCGUUGGGCUUCGGGAAUGGCAUUGGGGGCAAGGGGAAGAGGUUGACCAAGGGGAUUGGUAUGCGAAGCAAGUUUCAAGUAGAGCGCGAGAGAGGAAGGAGGCUCCAUGAUUUCCGAAAGUAA